AUGUCACGCUAUCGCAACGACGACCUGGCCUAUGGCGACAUCCCCCAACGAUGGGAUCGAGAGCGCUUCGAGAGACUGGGCGCCAGAGGCAGUGUCCCGCCGCCCCGACGAUAUGAGGAGGACUUCCACUUCCACGAACGGGACCGCCCUGGGCGGCGGGACAUCGACAUCGCCGUCAUGGACCGGGUGGAGAGCCGCGGUCCUCGCGGCGGAUACGAAGAGCGCGACCGCUUUUACGAAGAAGAGCGGAGGGCUCCAUCUCGACCGCGGAGGAGGACCGACAGGGAGCUGUUUGGUGACGUCGAUCCUCGUGAACUGGCUGAUAUGCAACUUGUGCCCCGCCGAAAGAGCAUCAGCCGAGAAGACUUUGAUAUCGAUCAGCGCGCGCCGCGUCCGGGUCUGCUGAGAAGGCAAAGUAGUCUCGACACCUUCGACAGACGGCCCGCUCGUUAUGAGCGCGAAGAAUAUCCCAUCGCACCCUACGUACCUGUUCCGCUCCCGAUCCGCCGCACACGCGAUGCGUGGGACGACGACCGACACUAUCGUGAGUACGAGCGCUACUACGAGCCGCCGGAGGGAUACCGCGAGGUAGAAAUCCAGCGUGAGCGCUCCGUCCAUCGGAGACGCGUACCCAAGAGCGAGAAAUCUGCCAAGAGGAGCGAGAGCAGCUCAAGCAGUAGCAGUAGUAGCGCUUCUAGCGUCAGCAAGGCAACCAGCAAAGCAACAAGUAAAGCGCCCAGUAAAGCUCCUACCAAAGCAAGCACGAAGAAGUCGAAGAGCCGGGCACCCACGAUUGUGAGCGAAUCGAGCGUGACGACUCUUCCCCCACCGCCUCCUCCACCAGCACCUGCGACUGAAUUGGUACCGAUUGAAACUGUUGAGGAGACCCUGAUUCAGGAAAGUGUUCGUGAAGAAAGGAAAUUCAAGAAGGGCAAGACCCGAAUGCCGAAGCGCUUGGUGCGAGUGGAAGCAAUCAUGGAUCUAGGCUAUCCUUUCGCUGAAGAAGAGCACUUCUACGUCUUGCAGAUCGCUCUUGAGAAAGAACAAAUCGAUGAAGUGAUCAAGAUCAGCGAACAAUACAAGGAAGGAGAAAAGAAGAAGGUUUACCGCUACGAGAAAACAGUCGAGGAGACUGGUGUGCCACCUCCGCCGAUGGGCGAGCACGAGAUGGUGGAACGUACUGAAUGGAUCAACCCGCCAACGAUCAUCGACCGACGCGGAUCACCCAGCGCAAAGAGUAGCAUCAGCCAAAUGCCCCGCUCUCGGUCGCGAAGACCGUCUUCACCGGGGACUUAUGUUUCGAAACACGAAACUUUCAUCGAAGCGCCGGCGGCGCCACCUCCGCCUCCUCCUCCAGCGCCUGAGUACUAUGAAGAGCGAAAGACCGUCAUCGAGGAGCGCGCACCAGCUCACUCACAUCAUGCGGGCAGCCUUGUCCUAGCCGAUCGUCCUCAUCAAUCGGACCGGGAUAUUAAUGCCGAAAUUCGAGCUCUCGAAGCGGAACGCCGUGCUCUGAGACUCGAGCGCGAUGCAGAGCAGAAACGCGACCUGGCAAUGCGGCUGCGGGAUCCAACCCGAGAUGAGUACUCGCUGGUCGAGUAUCGUGACCGAAGUCGAUCAAGAGGUGACCUCGUGGUCUACGAGCGCGAGAAGAGUCCACAACGAAACGUGAUACGAGUCGAAAAAGACCGAAAAGAACGACGAAAUGCUAAGCUCCUCGCUGCGGCAAUGGCUACACUUAGUUGA